AUGGGAAAAUCCUCAUUGGCAACAACAAGAAACAAAAAGGCACAAAUCAAAGAAGACUCUGAAUCGGAAAGCGGUGAAUCAGGAAUUGCAGAAAUCAACAAGGAAGCCGAUGAUAUCCUUGAAGAGGAUCAAUCAUUCCUUGUAGAUCACUCAGCCGAUCUAGACUUCUUGUUCCUGGAGGAUGACCCCUCCGAAGCUUGGAAGCCAGAACCCUCCGAAGCGCGCGAUCCAGACAAAUCUUUCCUUCCGGAUGAUUCUAUCCUGACAAAUCAAACCGUGGAUCAAUCAGAAGGUCGCACCCAGCCACAAGCGGCUGCAUCCCUUCCCAAAGGCGCGGAAGAAAAGCAAGAUUCAUGUCAAAUGGCUCCGUCAAAGGCGCCUCUUUGUUUGAAGUUGAAGGUCAUGGCUCCAAAAGAAGCAAAACCAAGCCCGCAAGGAUCCAGGCGCUCUAGCAGGAUCAGGAAAGUUGUGUAG